AUGGGUAUCUCUCGCGACUCUCGCCACAAGCGCUCCGCCACCGGUGCCAAGCGCGCCUUUUACCGGAAGAAGCGCGCUUUCGAGGCCGGCCGACAGGAGGCCAACACCCGUAUCGGCCCCAAGCGAAUCCACACCGUCCGCACUCGCGGCGGCAACCACAAGUACCGUGCCCUACGUCUCGACACUGGUAACUUUGCCUGGGCUUCCGAGGGCAUCACCCGCAAGACCCGUGUCAUCGUUGUCGCCUACCACCCUUCCAACAACGAGUUGGUCCGAACCAACACCCUUACCAAGUCCGCCGUUGUCCAGAUCGAUGCCGCCCCCUUCCGUCAAUGGUACGAGAGCCACUACGGCCAAUCCCUCGGCCGCAGACGUCAGCAGAAGUCUGGCAAGGAGGAGGAAGUUGUGAAGAAGAGCAAGGCCGUCGAGCGCAAGCAGGCUGCCCGAUACGCCGCCACCGGCAAGGUUGAGGGUGUUCUAGAGAAGCAGUUCGAGGCUGGUCGUCUAUACGCCGUUAUUGCCAGCCGACCCGGCCAGAGCGGCCGUGCGGACGGAUACAUCCUCGAGGGCGAGGAGCUGGCUUUCUACCAGCGUAAGCUACACAAGUAG